UGUAAAAAGAAAAGUAGAUCUAUAAGCCUACAACUGAAUAACUUUACUAUAUAGGCCUGCCUAUAUAAUUUGAAGAAGAAGUUAUUAUUUACAAAGUCUAAAUCAAUAAAAUGUAAUAAACCCAACCUAUGCAUUAUCAUUCAAUAUAAGUUAUUUUGAGAGUAAUCAAAAACUACAAGCCCCAGUGCACAAUUCUGCUACAGCCUACUGGACGAUCAGAGUAUUACCUAAUUUCUUGCUGAACAUGCUACAAGCUGUUUUAGCCCACAGCCUAUGGUAGAACAGUGUUGUGCAUUUCUUUUACGUAUUAAUGUCAGGUAUUAAGUUCAGAUUUUCUAUCUUUGGCGUUUUUAACGUAAAAAGUAGCGUAGAACUCAAUUGAUAUAUAUGUAGGCUUUUGGUCGACCAACAAUUUAACCAACUUGUCACCAUGCAAUCCCUAGCUUCUGAUCAGAUACAGCAUCAAGCUAUUUUAGCAGUUUAAACGGUGUCAAAUAGUGAACUUUAUAUGUUCAAUGGAUGAUGAGAAGACAUUGACAUAUUUAAUCAAGCUUACCCAGAAUGGCGAAUUGUGCACGCUUAAAAAAAUUACUUUGUCAACAAAAAACAUUUCGGGACAUCGGGUGAUACAUUGUUGCAUUUUGCUGCCCGUCAUGGCCACUUGGACAUGCAAUUUUAGUAAAAGAGAUUGGGAUGGACCUAGAGCUGUACAAUACCGACAACAAAAGAGCUCUGCAUAUGAAGCUGCGUCCAUGGGACAGGGGUGUUUGAGGUAUCUGCUCACUGAAAUAGCCAAAGUAGACUGCUUAAAAAAGGCUGAUUGGUGAGACAUACAUCAACACGCAUGCCAUGUGCAAACAUUAAGACAACCUUAUUCCUUAUAUAUAUCUUUUUUUUAAUCAAAUAGCAAAGAAGUUGUGGAUUUUCGAGUCUAUUAGGAUAACAUGUAUUGAAAAACACGUUUUUUCCAAAGUGAUUUAACCCCCUUCGAUAGCUCAGUUGGUAGAGCGGAGGACUGUAGAGGCUAAAUGCUGAAAUCCUUAGGUCGCUGGUUCAAAUCCGGCUCGAAGGAAAUCUUUUUCGUCGGCUCAUGUCAUAUGCAUAAACGCUGAAUCGCGAACUCUCCUUAACAAUGCAGUACAGUAUCAAUUAAGAUUCAAAUGCCAUGUCCAAAAAUAACAAAAAGUAGGAGACGAAAGUUAUGCAACUCGUUGUGAGAUGUACACAAUAUAAUAAACAAAGUGAGAAAUAACUUGGUUUAGCAGCUUAAGUGUAUAGUAAUAAUACAUAGUAACAGCAGUGGUGACCUUGUGUGUGUGUGUGUUUGUCAUAAAUAACAAAUAAGUUGUUCUAAGAUUCAAUUAAAUUUCUGGUUUCAAUUUAUCAUAUUUAUGAAUUGAAUGACCAGAGUCAUAUUCAUUAGAGAGCAAAUGGAAGCAAACGGCCGAAACGGGGAAGGACCACCAGAAUUUGUCAAAUAAGAGAGGCUUAUUUGUUUUGUUACGAAACCGUUUUGCUACCUUAUCUCCGAACGAAAUAUGGGCCUGCUUUUUCUUUUGGCUUUCGUAUCCCUUCGAUAGCUCAGUUGGUAGAGCGGAGGACUGUAGAGGCUAACUUGCUGAGAUCCUUAGGUCGCUGGUUCAAAUCCGGCUCGAAGGAAUUGUUUUAGUAGUUCCUGCAUUGUAUACCAUUAUCAACACACUACUAUGAACAUAACUAAUCAUUAAAUACUGCACAAAAUUGGCGUGGGAGGGUGAGUAAAAAAACCACAUAUAUAUUUGUAUUGUAUUGCACAAUAAAAACAAUUAUGUGCAACUGAUCAACCAUUGUGGCCCACCUCUACUUUCAGGACCCCUCUGAUGAUGGCCUGCACCCGGAGGAACCUGGGUAUGAUCCAGGAACUACUGUCCCACGAGGCUGACCCCAUGCUGAAGAACAAGGACGGCUGGAACUCCUUCCACAUCCCUGCAGGAAGUGAGACCCAGCAGUCAUACAGCACCUCCUACUGGCCAACCCGGAAGUCUGGAGGACAGAGAGCAAGACGCCGAGGACUCCUCUGCACACAGCAGGUAAUCUCUGUGCUAACAAAUCAGACAUGUAAUCUCUGUGCUAAAAAAUCAGACAUGUCACAGGUCUAAACAUAUUCCCAGGUAUUUUGAACAAUAUGCAUAAAAUAUCACUUUUUUCUGGUUCAUUACCCCUUCUCUGUCUAUUCUCUGUUCCUACAUCAAUGCACGGCUGUGAAGAAGUGGUCAGCAUCUUGGUACAGAGGUGUGGUUAUGUUCCGGAUGGCAGGGACAGCUGUGGGGUCACUCCCUUUAUGGACGCAGUGAGGAACGGACACAUAUCUGUGGCCAAGCUACUGCUGGAGAAGCAUCAGGCCUCUCCGACUGCAGCAGACAUCCCGGGGACCCAGUCGGUGCACCAUGUUGCUGUCACAGCCCAGGAGGAGGCGCUAGAGUUCCUAGUGAGGGACCUCGGAGUGGACGUGAACCAGACAGCCACUGACAUGCAGCUCACUUCCCUGCACUAUGCUGCCAAGGAGGGCCACACAGGCGAAUUCAAGCACUCCUCACAUUAGGAGCAGGUACUGAACAGCUCUUCAUAUGGCGUGUAUAGGACAGCAUGCAGAAGCGGUGAGGACAAUCCUACAGCUGGGGCUAGUAGAUGUGAUGGAUGCCUCGGGCACUACUGCUCAACAGCUUGGCAAAAAAACAGACAUGCUCAGAGUGUUUGAAUGUGAUUUGACAUCAACUACUGUCUGAAUGGAGAAUCAAUACAUGAUUGGCAUUAAUGGUAUUCUGGAUGGCAGAAUAAUAACUUCAUAUAAUUUCUUUAUGUGUGGAUUUUGUUGAUGGGGAUGAAACCAAUACAGUGCCUUUAGAAAGUAUUCACACUCUUUUACUUUUUCCACAUUUUGUAGUGUUAAAACGUGAGAUUAAAAUUAUUGAUCAUUGCUCGACAGCCAUUUUCAAGUCUUGCCAUAGAUUUCCAUGCUGAUUUCUGUCAAAACUGUAACAAGGCCACUCAGGAACAUUAAAUGUUGUCUUGGUAAGCAACUCCAGUGUA